AAAUGUCCACGUAUAAAUAUUCACAUUUCGUAAACGUUUUUAAACUGGUUUCAAACGAAUUAUUAUUAACGUAUACUGUGUGAAUAAUGUGAUGACGUAUCGUAUGUCUAUAUUGAAAAGAAAGUAGGAUUAUAUAUUUAUAACUGGAAAGAAAAGGAAUUUUGAUUUCUAUCUGAACGACAAAUGAACAGAGAUCUGGAUGACGGCAUAUAAAAGUAUAUAAAAAAGAAAGAUGGAAGCUAAAUAUUUUGAACGAGGGAAAUGUUUAGGAGAAGGUGCAUUUGGCAAAGUCUUUUUAUGCUUUCACAAGAAAGAGCCCGGGAAAAAGUAUGCCAUGAAAGUAAUUGACCUGAGAUACUCAUCAGAGGAUGAACGUUACUUAGCAGAAAAAGAGGCCAUCCUGUUGACAACUCUAAAGCACCAGUUUAUUCUACAUGCCGUGUCGGUGUUUCAAGAUAGAGCGACAUUGUGUAUAGUAACAGAAUUGUGUAAUCAGGGAGAUUUAGAAAAGUUUUUAAAUAGAAGAAAGGGACAUUCAUUAGAAGAACAACGAAUUGUAGAAUGGUUUCGGCAAAUCUGCAGUGCUUUAGAGUAUUUGCAUGGAAGAAAUAUUCUUCAUCGGGAUAUAAAGACUCAGAAUAUAUUCUUGACUGGGAACGAAAUGACAAUCAAGCUGGGAGAUCUUGGUCUGGCAAAAGUGUUAGAGAGUUCCAUGCAGAAAGCUUUGACCAACUGUGGUACUCCAUACUAUAUGAGUCCUGAAAUCCAUGCUUGCAAACCAUACAAUUCUAAGAGUGACAUUUGGGCAAUGGGAGUGUGUGUAUAUGAAAUGACCACACUAAAACGGCCGUUUGACGCCCGUUCGAUGCAUCAACUAAUUUUUAAAAUAAUUCAUGGUCAGCUUCCUCCUAUGCCCAAGGAUGAAUAUAGUCCAAGGCUGAUAAAGGUAAUAGAGAGGAUGCUUUGCCGAGAUGCAGACAGUCGGCCCUCAGCGACUGAACUGCUACAGGAUGUUCUUUUCAAGAAGCAACAAACCUCAAAACAAUCUGCAGCUGAUGUUGUUUCGCACCGAGAGUUUGGUAAUCCAUAUUUUCAAAGGAUGGACCAAGGUGCUGUAGCAUAUCCAAUAAAAAGAGAGAGUGAGACAAGGACAGAUGAUUGUUUCAAUGAAGAACUGCCCAACGAAAAUCACAAUUAUGAAUAUUUCUGGGAGAUAAAUUCCGCUUUCAGUCAGUGGUUCCCGUGUAAAUUUGUUGUUAAUGGAAUGACUUAUAAUUCUGCUGUACAAUACAUGAUGCACCAGAAAGCAGUGCUAAUGGGUGAUGAGAUGAGCGCGGAAACCAUCAUGGCAUUAGAUGAGCCUCAAAAAAUGAAAAAACAAGGUAGAUUUGUCAAGAACUUCAACCAAGAACUAUGGAAUGACGUACGUCAAGAGAUCGUUGAAACAGGGAAUAUGGCAAAGUUUUCACAGAAUGAAGGAUUAAAGACAAAGUUAUUUAACACCUUUCCCAAAACACUAGUAGAAGCUAGCCCAACGAGCAAAAUUUGGGGUAUAGGAUUGUCCAUGGAUGACAAGAGGGCGUGGAAUAAACUGACAUGGAGAGGUCAAAACCUGCUAGGGGAGAUCUUGACCAGAGUGAGGGAUAAAUUGAUGAGAUCAUUUCUUGAACCUGUGGUACCAGUAACACCACAGACGCUAAAAUUUCGUUUCUAUAUAUACGUGGGCUGGUCCAGUGAUUCCCGCUUCAUGGCAGAUAAAGAUUCUGAAUCAACUACUCCAGAAUUGUCACAGGAUUUGGAACAAAUAACAAUGGAUGACAAGAAAGAGGAUAAACAUAACCCAGUUGUAGAGGCCGCAGACAUUCAGAGACCAUUGGCUGAAAAUGGAGAUGAAACACAGUCAAACGGAAGAAAAAAUACCGAAUUGAAAUCGCCCCAAAAUGAUUUCUCUGAGGAAGGAAACGGUGUAGAAGAAAAGGUAGUGAGGCCAAAGGACCAAAAGAAUACAGCUCAGGAUGAAGAACCUGGGGACCUUCAUCCAGGCGACCAGGAUUUACCCGACGAAAGACAUCAAUACGUAUAUUUCUGGAGACAUUCACAUUUCAGUCAGCAAUACACAUGUCAGUUUGUUGUUGAUGGAAUUACAUAUAACAGUGCUGAACAAUACAUGAUGCAUCAGAAAGCAGUGUUAAUGGGCGACGAGGAGAAUGCAGGUAUCAUCAUGGCACUAGAUGUACCCCAAGAGAUAAAAAAUAUAGGCAAACAUGUUCAAAACUUUAACGCAGAACGCUGGGAAGAGGCGUGUCAGGCGAUAGUCGAAAGAGGAAACAUGGAAAAGUUUUCACAAAAUGAAGAUUUAAAAGAACAGUUGUUUAGCACAUUUCCAAAAACACUGGUUGAGGCUAGUCCACUUGACAACAUCUGGGGCAUAGGAUUGGCUAGAGACGACAGACGGGCAUGGAACAAACUGUCGUGGAAAGGGCAAAAUCUUCUGGGGGAGAUUUUGACGAAAGUGAGGGACAAGUUAAUGAAAUCAUUUCUGGAACCUGUGGUACUAGAAAAAACUGAAGGGGAUCCAAUACAAGAGAGUGAAUAAGAAAGUGGGGGUUUUUUUCAAAGUGAUAUAUGAUCGUUUGUUAUAAAACUGUUAUUUCUGUUUAAUGCUUAAGAUAGACAAGUAUUUUCUAAAAUAUAUGUGGAAAACCUUUGGCAAUUCACCCAGGCAUAUUAUAAAUUUGUCACAUUGUACGCAUUGCAUUGAUUUAUGAUAUAAUUAUUUUUAUUUCAGUCAAAUGAUUUCUGUGAGAUCGAGAUCUGUGAUAACAUUAGUCGCAAACAAUGUUAAUUUGAUUUAUUAGCCUCUGAUAACUGUGAAACCUGUAGAAUACACAAUAGACACCAAAAAAAAAAAACGGUUUUAUGUAACAUUGUAUGGGCACCGUUUAUUGGUUGUAAUAUGUAACGAGCAAAAUAUCAGUGAUGAAAUGCUUUAAAUUUAGUUGUUCUUACGAAGUUUUCUUUUUCGUUUUCGUUUAUUUGAAACACAUAUUUCACAAUCUGUUUUUUGUUACCAUUCCAUUACAACCACUUGUUUUACUGAUUUUUUAGUGCAUUCACUUUGUGAUAUCAAUAAUAAGUAUAUUCUUCUUCCUCAAUAUAGGUUUAUUGUUAUUGAUUUGAUUCGAACAAAUUUGAUUGUGUAUCAGAAAACAACAAAAAAGGCUCAGACACAACUUCUGACAACUUACGAGGUGUUAUUCUUGCAUUGACGGGGAAUUUAAUAAUUACGUAUAAGUCUAUGUCUUGUUUUUCUACUCCCUGUGCACUGCCGAAGUUGUCAGACUAGAGACAAAUUUCAAUAUUUAAUAAGAUUGUGUUGCCCAUUCCUGUCUGACGACUGCACAUAUACUUAAUUCCGUUUAGAUAAAAUAAUUUAUACAUACAAUCAUUCAUAUGCUUGUUGUUCAUCAAAAAAUAAAAACGUUAACUUAU